GAAACCUGUAAUUUUGUCAAUCACCUAACCUAGUUUUAGAUUGUAGGUCAAUAAUUUGUUUACAAACAACAUUUCUUUACUGAAACUAGUUAAAUUACAAUGAACGAUUGGUCGAAUUUUCACGUGGAUAGAAUUUGCCGCAUCUGUUUGAACGAACACGAGGAAAUGAAACACCUAUUUGAAGAGUGUUUAUCAGAGAAAUUGAAAGAACUAGCAACAAUUGAGAUUGACGAAAAUGAUGGUCUUCCCAACCUUCUGUGCAAGAUUUGCGUCCAUGAGGUCAACCGCUGGUACUCCUUCAAACUCCAAGUAAUCAAAAGCGAUACGACCUUGCGUUGCAUCCAGAAAGAACGUGAAAGUAUCAAUUACACCACAAGCAAUGACAACAAAAGUGAAUCUUUACGCCAGAUUAAAAAAACGCCCGAUUUCACCGAAACCGAAGACCUGAAAGACUCUUUAAACCACCAGUUAUUCCAGUGCGACAUUUGCAAAAAACAGGUCAAAACGCUCCAUUCUUUACGCCGCCACAUGAACAUCCACAGCGGGGUGAAGCCCCACGUGUGCAACAUCUGCGGAAAAACCUUCAUAGAGCUAGGUAAUUUGAGAAAACACGUCCGAAGACACACCAAAGACAAGAAACACCAAUGCAACGAAUGCGGGCUGCGCUUUUACGAGCGCAAUAAGCUCACAAUCCACCUCAGGACGCACACGGGCGAGAAGCCCUACUCGUGUGGGGUUUGCUCCCGGGCCUUUGCCACCCCAGCCCAGGUGCAAAUCCACAUGAAAACACACACCGGAGACAAGCCGUACACGUGCGACGUGUGCCAGAAAUCGUUUCCUUACAGUGGUUCGUUAGAAACGCACAAAAAAAUUCACAGGGGGGAAAGAUCGUUCAUUUGCCCCGAUUGUGGCCGUUCUUUCUCCCAGAAAGUCAAUCUUGAUAGUCAUAUACGGACCAAACACACGCACGAGUGUCCCUUUAUGUGCAAUGAUUGCGGAAAAGCGUAUCCGACCAAAGACCAGUUGAAGAAGCAUGUGAGACACCACACGGGGGAAAGACCGCCGUUGAAGCACACGUGUAAUGUUUGCCAGAAAAGUUUUCGCACUACGUCCGAGUUGAGGAUACAUAUGAGGAUUCACACUGAUGAGAGGCCUUAUCAGUGCGAUUUGUGCGGGAAAAAGUUCAAAGCUUCGUCACAUAUGACCUCGCAUAGGAGGAUACAUACAGGGGAGAGAAAUCACUGUUGUAUGUAUUGUGGGAAAGCGUUCAGAGAGUCGUCAACUUUGAAAAUACAUGUGAGGAUACAUACAGGGGAAAGGCCCUACACUUGCAGUAUUUGUGGUAUGAGUUUCACGCAAAGUAAUACUCUUAACACGCAUAUGAAAGUGCACGCGCCAACGACAGGCUGAGGAGCAAAAAUGUGUAACGAGGUGCAUACGUAUUUUUUUCUACUGCGAAAUUGAGUGGCCAUUGAGUAAAAAAUAGGUCGCUUUUAUUGUAAACGAACAGUAUGAAGUUAAAAACAAUAAUGAAGUAGAAGUCAUUUUUAGAAUAAAAUUUUUCGAAAACUAAAAAGAUUCUCGAAAAAUGUUAUUCUUAAACGUGAUCACAUUUUUUUCGGACUUGAUGUAGUAAUUAUUUUGUCCUAGGCAAGAAACGCUUAGUUCCACACAUUUCAUUCACGUAAUGCUCACACAGGACCAUUAGUUUAAAAGCGCUUGAUAUUAAAUAUGCAUUUUUUUUCUAUUUUUAAAUGAUUCAUUUUGUGCAUUUUAUUAACAAGACAAAUAUUUAUUUAUUCCGUACAUUAAUUUAUUUUGUAAAUAAAAAACAAUACAAACACUUAGUCCAUCAA